AUGCGAUUUUUUCUUGUACUAGUAAUUGGCAUUCGUGUUGGGCUAUGUUCUUUGCCGGAAACAAAUAUGAAAACGCUCGAUAUUAUUUCUUACUAUGGCUAUCCAGCUGAAGAGAUCCCAGUGGAAACAAAAGAUGGUUACCUCUUGAAAAUACAUCGUAUACCCGCGCAGUUGCAAAAGCGAUUUGAUGGCUUUGUAAAAAAACCACCAGUAGUUUUCCUUCAACAUGGUUUGCUUGGAUCAAGUGCAGAUUGGAUACUGAAUACUCCAACUAACUCCUUAGGAUUUUUGCUCGCAGAUUUAGGCUUUGAUGUUUGGAUCGGUAAUUUUAGAGGGAAUAUUUAUUCACGAAGCCACACUAAUCUCACAAUUAAAGAUGAAAAAUAUUGGCAAUUUUCGUGGGAUGAAAUGGCAAAAUAUGACCUACCAGCCAUGAUUGAUAUGGUUUUGCAUAUCACCAAACGGUCUUGUAUAUAUUAUAUUGGCCAUUCGCAGGGUACACUCACUAUGUUUGCUAUGCUUUCUCAAAAUCCUGUGUACAGUCAGAAGAUUCGUAAAAUAUUUGCGUUGGCACCAGUAGGUCGAGUUUCACAUAUUCAAGGAAUUCUCGGUUUUCUAGCCAGGCACUUCCGUCUACUUUUUCCUGUAAGUUCUAAGUUUCAAAAAAAUUACUUACCUUUGUCAACAAAUAAUUUUCUAUCUUUGCGUUGGGUCUGA